CGGCAGGAGGCCGGGGUGCCGCCGGCCUCCCUGGUGAGCGGGGCUGCGGAGGGCGGCGCCGGUGCCGUGGGGGGGCUGCUGCCGGGGCCGCCGCCCUCGACUGAGCCCGGCCUGGCAGCUCCCGCGGCCCGGCAGGCUCGGGGCGGCUGGCCGGGUGGCGGCGGCGGGCCUGCAAGGCCGGUGGGACAGCCUCUGUGGGACAGCCUCGCUGGGUCGGCCCCGGGCGCCCCUCCAGGCUCUCCCUCUUCGUAAAAACUUGUGUUUUUAUAAAAUUCCUCACGCUCUGUUUGGGCAGUUUCGUGAGGCCCACUGACGUUCUGUCUCCUCAGCACGCAAAGAGACUGCAAGUUUUGCAGCUAGGCCCGGGGUGUAAGGUAGUUUCGAAUGGAAGAAAGGUAAGGAGGGGCAUGGAAAAGAUGCAUAAAAUUGGAAUUGAGACUGCGCUUGACAAAUAAAGCUUUGUGAGAUACAGUGCCCUUACAACAGUGAAAAGCAGAUACUACAUAUGUCACGAGGCAUAAGGCCAGCUUUUCAGACAGUGUUUUUGUGAAGAGAUGGCUUCCAGCACUGGAAAGGAAAGGAGUGUGAAUCCUGUGCUCAGAAUAAGCCAACUUGAUGCUCUUGAACUAAACAAAGCCCUGGAACAACUAGUGUGGUCCCAGUUUACCAGCUGUUUUCAUGGAUUUAAACCAGGGGUGUUAGCUCACUUUGAACCAGAAGUAAAAGCAUUUUUAUGGCUUAUAUUAUGGAGAUUCACAAUCUAUUCCAAGAAUGCAACCGUGGGACAGGCUAUUCUGAAUAUUCAGUACAAGAAUAACUUAUCUCAGACAGAGAAAUACCAACCUCUGAGCAAGCACCAGAAGUUAUGGUAUCUUAUUUUGACUGUUGGUGGAAGAUGGCUGGAAGAAAGAUGUUAUGAUUUAUUUAGCAAUCGUCAACUGCAGUCUUUCUGCAAAAUUAAGCGUUAUAUUAACUUUGGAUCUGGACUUCUUAAACUUUGCGGACUUCUAAAUUUUCUGAUUUUUCUUCAGAAAGGAACAUUUGCAACACUUACAGAACGCAUUCUAGGAAUUAGGUCAGUUUUUUGCAAGCCGCAAAGUGUUCGUCAGGUAGGAUUUGAAUACAUGAAUAGGGAGCUCUUAUGGCAUGGCUUUGCUGAAUUUCUGAUCUAUCUGCUACCACUUAUUAAUGUACAGAAACUAAAACUUAAAAUUUCUUCUUGGUUUUCGCCUAUUACAGGUCUUUCCAAUAGUGAAAACACAUUAGCAGCUCACGGCAAGGAAUGUUCACUAUGUGGGGAAUGGCCUACCAUGCCUCAUACCAUAGGCUGUUCACAUAUUUUUUGUUACUACUGUAUUAAAAGUAACUACUUAUUUGAUAUGUAUUUUACAUGUCCUAAAUGUGGCUCAGAGGUACACAGUCUUCAGCCACUGAGAUAUAAAAUUGAAAUGACAGAAUUGCAUGCCUGAUAGGGAGUUGAUUGGGUUUUGUACUGUACAUGAAAUAUUAUGUUGCAGAGAUUAAUGGAAAAAUUCAGAAACUAUUGUAAACAGACAGCUUAAAGAUGCUUUUGGAGUCUCUGUAAUUUGUUGUAACAUAUGUCUUUACUGGUAUUAUUUUUUUUUUUUUUUCUGAGUAACAGUGCCAGCUUGCCUCUGAAGGAAAGAAAAGAAAGGAUUUCACCAACUCUUCUACUUUCUCAGGCUACUUGAUCCUAGUUUGGUACCCCUGUGUUGUCAAGUCCGUCCUUAGAUCCCGAGUCUUUCAGCCUGCCAGUUCCUAACUGCAUGCUAUAUACUUCCCUCAAAGAUAGCAAAGAAGCCAAAUAACCUUUUAUCCAUUUUGUGGAUUUUCUCAACCUUGUUUUAAAAGCUUCUGCCAUUAUUAACUUAGCUAGGAGAUGGAUUUAGUGGGAAAGCUAUCCUUGUCGUGCCUGAAGAGUCAUUUUAAAUUUGUAUAUUUUUAAAUUUGAUUUCCCAGUCAGAUGUUCCACUGUGAAAAGGAAAGGUGUAAGAUGAAUUGUCAUCUCAGAAGAUAAUUAAUAGUUAUCAUCGUAUUCAGCCACCAUAACAGGACAUACUCUUUCUCUAAUUCAGAAUUGCUCUCUUAUUGAUAGACCAUAAGCUUUAAGUGAUCUAUCUGCUGGACAGACAGAUACUCCAUAGUUACCAUAUGCCUACAGAAGAUAUAAGCACUUCCUGAGCAAAUACAGUGCACCUUCUAGACCUUCAUGAGAUGUCCAGACUUAUUUUCUCGCUCAACUAUAUGUCUGUGAUCUUCAAUGAUGUACAUAUGACCACCUCCCACUUCUUCCCUAUAAAGCUGAGGGAUGCAGUCCACUCAUCAUCCAUUGGGAUGUGGCAGCUGCCCAAGGUAAUCCACAUUCUUCUGAGUCAGAGGCACUGGAGAAAACUGUUUACUCACAAGAUGCUGUCUUUGGGACUUGCCACUCUUUUUUUGUUUGGUGUGGUCAAGGUGACUGCCAAACCUGGCUAACGGCUCAAGACCACACAGAAAAAAGAUCAAACGCAGCUAUGUGCAUGUAGACAUAUUAAAAAAAAAUAGGUAACUCUUCCUGGUUUUUACUAUUUGCUUUCUCUGUUGGCUUUCCAAUGUAUCAGUGUUUUUAUUAUUCCCUGUUUUAACACUUCAUCCACUUAUUCUCUGACCUGGUUUUAUAAGAUUUAUUAUUUUUUUCAAAAUUGCAGUCCUUUUUUAACAGAAAGUCUUACCCAGAAGUGUCUCAUUAACCCAAAAAUACAGUGCAUCCGUUUUUGGCUCUUAAAUAAAAUUCUCAAAAACUUACACAGUUAAAUUGAGUAAAUCGCUUUAUGAUGGCUGUGUUCUUGAUUCGCUAUCAUCAAUAGUCAGUCCCAAAAAUAGUAUGGUAACAACUGAUCCAACAUCUUUGAUCUACUUUUAUGAAAUGGUUUAUUACAUUCUUCAGUGUCUGAUUAAAACAACCCACCAGCCUAUUUGUUUGAAGAUCUUAAAUUCUAAGUUUUGAUCUUUAGAGUGACACACAACGCUUUCAUCUGAUGCAAUUAAAUAUAGUUAGCAGGCUCGUAAGUAUCUUUGGGCAGCCCAAAACUUCAUUAAUUCUGCUACUGUUCUGUGAGUCAACAGACUUCAGAGCAACUGCUUGCAGAUACUGCGCCGCAAUAUAUUAUUUGACAUCAAAUGUGUUUAUCAGCAGCCUGCCAAAUUUCUGUUAUUUGCAGUUGCCUCUUGAACCAGCAGGUACAAAUCUGUCUUUAUUAGAAGUAUCAAAACUGGCAAGUCUCUUGGAGAAUAUCCUGGAGUCACUUGCUGGUCCCGAAGUGAGUCCCUAUGAACUGUCUCCGCACAUCACUUAAUAGCUCUUCCCGAAGAAAUGUAUUAGCAUCCCUGACUUUCGGGUGAGGAUCAUCACCUCUCUCUUUAACUAUCCUUUACAUGUGCAAAAUCCAGUGUUCGUAGUUUACAAUCAUAGCAGACCUUUGUUUCCUGUGGGCGCUUUAUUCUUUCUGAAGUCACGGUGCAGUAUUGUGUCAAAAAGGCAUGGAUUUUCUAUACUGGACUCUGUUAGGUGUCAUGUUCUUCUUAUGUAGGAGUUAACUUCUUUUCUAUUUAGAAAUGUUUCUUUUUCCUGAAUAUUUAAAGAAUGUUGUUAUCUUCCUUUUUUAUUCCAUCUUUCUGUGUCCUGCUGUUUGAUUUACCUAAGCUGUAUGAAUUUCCUGAGGUUUGUUUUGCCUCUUGCAGCUUCACGCAGGUGAAAUCCUAGUAAAAUGUUUUUCAUCCCUGUUACAGUAUCAGUACAAAACCUGUUUCCAGAAGUUUUGUACCUCUGUUGUACAGCGCUUUUCUGCUGGCUGUGCUAUAUUGCAGUUGGUUUCCCUGUUUUUCUUCUGGAGUUGAACUUUUCAUACUUGACUUAUGAUGGCUUAUUAUACCAAACCAUUGGCCUACUACUGUAGUACCUCAUCAUCAGUGUGUUAGGUUUGUAGCCUGUGGCAUUGACCAAUUUGUGAAGUCUGUGUCUUAUGGCAUAAAUAAACAGUUUGCGUUAACCUAAGAUCCUAGAUCCUAAGGUGUGGCUUUAAUUCUUUUAUUUUCCAUGCAAGUAGCAGGUGCCAUGCAUCUCACAGAAAUAAAAGAUUUGGGAAGAGAGUGCUUCCUUUUGUCAGAUACUGAACUAUUAUUUUUUUUUCAUCUAAUGUGGUGAAACCUUUGCUCGAUUGUAGUCAAAAGUCAGAUUCAUGAGACCAAAACUUCAACUUGUGUUUUGAAAAGCUGCUUGCUACCAGGUUAGCUUUUUAGGACUCCAAAAUCAAUACUCAGCAGCUUCAUUGUGGCACUGUAAAGUUAAAAAUAUACCUUUUUAAUGUUGUAUUUCUGUUUUGUUGUGGCUUGUGAUACGUAAACUGCAGAAAAGUCUUACUUGAAGAUGUUACAGAGAAAAAAUAGAUAAUUUGUAGACUAAUCAAAGGAUAAUCUAAUUUUACCUACUAAUUGCAUGGAUAAUUUGUCAUCAUAAGCAUAUUUUCAGGUUAAAACUCUGCUGUAACAAAGGACUAAGAUACAUCUGGUGAUGCUUCCUGCAGUAGAGAGAAUAAAAUUUAUUUUGGAAUGUUAAUCUCUUCAGUCAUUUUCUCUAAACAAAAGGUUUUAAGUGUUCAGCUACCAUGAGAAGGUACUUCUGAGCAGUCAUAUGUGCAGCAGUGAAAAGGAUAAAUGCCUAGAAUUCAAGAAAGCUUAAAGGACCAGAACUCUUAUUCAGUCUUGGAUAGGAGUUACAGCCCUGUAUGAACAGUUUUAUUUGUGCUCUGCUGUGCGUCUUUGUGUGCUACGUGAAUGUUUUCAUUGUGCCAGAAAUCAAAAAAUGAAGCCAUAACUGAAACAGACUAAUUAUAAACAGUUUUUUAAUAUAUUUAUUAAUAUACCUUCAUUUGAAUGAGAAUUACCAAUUGUCAUAAGGUGUGGUUUUGGAGGCAUUUAGAUGAAAGGAGUCAGGGAAUACCGAUUCCUUGCUUCCACAAACCACCUCCAUUCCAGCUACUCUAUGGAGUAGCUUUAAAAGAGGUCUCAUUUAAGUAGUGUUAUGGAAGACUUAAAGGCAGGAGUUUCAAUAUUCUGUAAAAGAAAUUACAGGGAUAGUGUUUGAUUCCUGCAUUACCUGGAAUUUUUUCUUUAUUUUUCCAUAAGUCUGAGCUGUUACUAGCCAGGAUGAUCUGUACAAAGUGGUGAAGAGAAAAUGUUAAGAAAGACGAAAGAAAUAUAUUUCCUAAAUGCAACCCAAACUGAUGAAUGUCCUUAUUUGAGAAUAUUACUGCAAUUGUUAUCUGGGAUGUAUUAUUCUUAUGAAAACCAAGUUGGCAAAUAAAAGAUGCUUCUUAACAGGA